AUGUUUGGUGGUUAUCUAAAUAUGGUCAUGUCUCUACUAUUUUUGGAUGUUUUUGUAUUUUCCCAACAAAAUGAGAAGAGAAAUUUAACAGCAACAACAAAUAAUAUACCCAAAAUAGUUAGGCAAAGACUUCUCGAAGAUGCACUUCUUCCUUGUAAUUCUUCAAAUGGAACGGGUCUGGAAUUAAUUGAAUGGUGGUAUAAACGAAUUGGUGGAGUUUAUAUUGGAGCUUUUAAUGCUACUUCAAGACAUGUACAUACAAACUGGACAAAGGAUGGAGCUUACCAAAUAGCAGAAAAUGGAAGUUUAAUAAUUCACAAUGUUCGUAGGGAACUUGUUGAGAGAUAUGAAUGUCUUUUAAAAUUUUUAAAUGGAAACCAAACAAGAGAUUCAGUCCUUCUUCGUCUAGACUUUUCUUUUUGGUACGCACCCGAACCUUUUUCACUUUUUUAUGGUUCGUGUAUAUUUGCUUUGAUUUUCUGUGUUGCUUCUUUUCUUUUAAAUAUUUUUUGGAUUUUGAUUCGUUGGAGUGUUUUGAGUUGGAUUAAAAGGACAGGUUUGGGUUUAAAUUAUUUAAAAAGUUGUGGGGAAACAAGACUCUAUUUUUUCUAUUUUUUAAAAUUUGAGGUUGGGAUCGAUAAUUUAUCAGUUUUUUGA